AUGGACGAAUACACUGACAUUCCCUAUAUCCCCUCUCAUCCACCCGACAACUUCCACACCUUCAACUUUUACAUCCCCACGCAACGUAAUACAUCCGCUCUAAUUUGUUUUGUACAUGGAGGUGCAUGGAGAAGCGAAGAUAAGCUUGAUCACGCUGGAUUGGCUCGUAGACUCGCCACUUUCACUGGAUACGCAGUGGCAGUCCCCAAUUACCGCCUAUCAGGACACAAUGCAAUCCGCCAUCCCGAUCACGCAAAAGAUAUCCUACGCUUUCUUGAAUUCGUCAUCGCAUGGCAAGGCCCGUACGGCACCAGUGUCUAUAAUUCGAACAACUUAUGUUUGAUGGGACAUAGCUGCGGUGCUCAUAUAUUGUCAUCCAUCUUCCUCGAGGCCACCGAGGACCCUUUACGCCCCUCACCCGAGCUUCUCAACAGCACAAAAGCCAUCAUCAUGUCAGAGGGAAUAUACGACAUCGAUCUCCUUCUCUCGAGUUUCCCCACUUAUAGGGAUUGGUUCAUCGAGGCCGCAUUUGGCCCGCGGAGUGCUUACCGGGAAGUUUCAGUCACGACGAUGAAUCCGAGGAUGGAGUAUAAUCACUUGCGGUGGUUGAUCGUGCAUUCCAAAGGGGAUACCUUGAUCGAUGAAGCUCAGAGCGAAGCAAUGUAUCACCAUUUACUUCGCAAUCUCUCCCAUGUUACCAGAAACUUUCAACAACUCAUGGAAGAGCACGAUGACAUACUAAAAGGCAUAGAAUUUGUAAAACUUGUUGGUCGAUACAUCCUAGAUAAUAUACCUCCAUGUACAUAA